UAUUUUCUGGUCAUAGUCCAUGGUCAUAAGUGAAUGCAAACUCACAAGGUGAAAAGCUUCAGGUGAUCACUACACAAAAUGGCAUCUCGCAAGAAAAUCCUUCUCAAAGUCAUAAUAUUAGGAGACAGUGCAGUGGGAAAGACAUCUUUGAUGAAUCAGUAUGUGAAUCAUAAAUUCAGCAACCAAUACAAAGCUACAAUAGGAGCCGACUUCCUCACGAAAGAAAUAAUGGUUGAUGACCGUCUUGUGACAAUGCAGAUCUGGGAUACUGCUGGGCAGGAGCGGUUCCAGUCACUAGGCGUUGCAUUCUAUAGAGGAGCUGACUGCUGUGUCCUCGUUUAUGAUGUCACAGCACCCAGCACUUUCAAAUCACUGGAUAGCUGGAGGGAUGAGUUCUUGAUCCAAGCUUCCCCCAAAGAUGCAGAGAAUUUUCCAUUUGUUGUCAUUGGAAACAAGAUUGACUUGGAAGAGCGAGCUGUCUCAUCAAAGAGAGCUCAGCAGUGGUGUCACCAGAAGAAUGACAUUCCAUAUUUUGAAACGAGUGCAAAGGAAAACGUGAACGUGGAGCAGGCCUUCAUGACGGUAGCGCGGAACGCGCUGGCCCAGGACUCUGAGGUGGAGCUGUAUAAUGAAUUCCCUGACCAGAUUCGCCUCUCAAGUGAUACCAGAGGAACCAAAGACAAUGGAUGUGCCUGUUGAGAAAUAACAUGUCCCCUUCUUACCCUUUCUUCCCUCUAUCAUACACUCUCAAGGUGGAGCCUGGGAGAAGCUGUUAGGAUCUGGGUCCUCAUGGAGAUCAUCUGCAGUGAAGCCUCUACAAACUCUAUAGCUGAUUCUCUCAUCAGCUCAAUCAUGUUUUUAAAAGUGAUCUAGGCCUAUGUCAUAUUUUCACAGAUGGAAUGCUGUGUUGAGGCGAUUUGAUGCUUUUUCUUGUCCUCUCUCUCCUCCAUUUGCAUCAUGUUAUCUUGAGGUCAUGUACUCUCUUCAGAACCAUAGAUUCAGUUGUGUUUAUAUAUGGAACAUGUGAAGUAAUCCUUCAUGUAUCCUCAAAUUCUUUUUCUUUUUAAUAAAUGGGCUAUGCAAAUUCUC